AUGGGCUUCUUCCUGCUCCACCUCUCCCUCACAGACCUGGGCUGCAUCUGCACCACCGUCCCCAAAGCCAUGCACAGUUCCCUCCAGAACAACACAACCAUCUCCUACAAGGCAUGUGCUGCACAGCUCUUUUUCUUUUAUUUCUUCAUGUCAGCAGAGUUUUUCCUCCUCACCAUCAUGUGCUACGACCGCUACGUUGCCAUCUGCAAACCCCUGCACUACGGGACCCUCCUGGGCAGCAGAGCUUGUGCCCACAUGGCAGCAGCUGCCUGGGCCGCUGGGUUUCUCUAUUCUCUGCUGCACACAGCCAAUACAUUUUCCCUGCCCCUGUGCCAGGGCAAUGCCCUGGGCCAGUUCUUCUGUGAAAUCCCACACAUCCUCAAGCUCUCCUGCUCACACUCAGGCUACCUCAGGGAAACUGGGCUCACUGUGGUUAUUGCCUGUUUAAUGUUUGGUUGUUUUGUUUUCAUUGUUUUCUCCUAUGUGCAGAUCUUCAGGGCUGUGCUGAGGAUCCCCUCUCAGCAGGGACGGCACAAAGCCUUUUCCACGUGCCUCCCUCACCUGACCGUGCUCUCCCUGUUUGUCAGCACGUUAUUCUUUGCCUACCUGAAGCCCCCCUCCAUCUCCUCCCCAUCCCUGGAUCUGGCCCUGUCAGUUCUGUACUCAGUGGUGCCUCCAGCACUGAACCCCCUCAUCUACAGCCUGAGGAACCAGGAGCUCAAGGAUGCCAUGAGGAAACUCAUAACUGGGUGUUUUUCAGAAGCAAUAAAUUCUCCUUCUUCUGCAUGUUAUGGACCUCAUUAA